CACCCCUCAAAACGCUGUCUUUUUUCCCUCCCACCUCUCAAGCCAACCCCAGCUCACAAACACACACACACUCCCAUUAAACAUAUGUUUGUGUGUGUGAGUGUCCUCCUCCCUCAGUCUAUCCAUGGCUGGAUUGUGGCAGCAGCUCCUGCCCCUACAGCAGGGUCGAGCUCUGCUUCUCCUUCCCUUCAUCUGUCUUUUCUACCCACCCUCGAGUGCUAUUCCCUGGGAUUCCAAAGCCAGUCCACUCCCUCUGAAGGGUUUUGAGGUGGUGAAGGGACAUUUCUCCAGGACCUUCCUUCGUGUUGGCUACCAUAAAAUAACAGAGAUUCCUGCAGGAGCAUGCAACAUCAGCAUACAGGAGACAAUAAAGAGCCGAAACUACCUGGCUCUGCAGACACAAAGUGGUGUCUCCAUCAUCAACGGCAACUGGGUGAUUGACAGGCCGGGGAUCUUCACCGUUGUAGGAACGGAGCUGACGUACAAACGGCCCAAUGAAAUCCGCUCUCGCAAUGGAGAGUCCAUUACUUCACCCGGGCCACUGUCUGAAGACCUGCAUGUUUAUAUAAUCUACCAGCAACCAGGUCCGAGAGUAUACUAUGAAUACAUUGUGCCAUUACAAAGCACAACCCCCACUCCUGAGCAGACCACACCUGCUACUAUUCUGCCCUUGGGGCUUCAACCUCAAACUGUCUCUACUCUUGUAGCUGAGACAGUGGGCCCAACCCAACCAGGGGAGAAGGAGCACCAAGGCGAGGUCACUAACAAUGACAUCAUCAAAGAGAAACCCCAUCCUAACCAGAUUCCCCCUGAGCCCAGCGUGAAACCCCAACCCACCUACACCUGGACAAACAGUGGGCGGAUGGAGUGCAGCACUACCUGUGGGACUGGCAGGCGUCAGGUACUCUGGGAGUGUGUUGAGAAAGAUUCCCAGACGACUGUUCCUGCUGACCUCUGUGACCCUGCGCUUGAACCAAAAAACAAGGGAGAAGAGUGCAACAUGCAGUCCUGUCCUGCAUACUUUGACCUGGGGGAGUGGUCAGAGUGCAGCAGGAGGUGUGGGCCUGGCACUCAGCACCGCCAGGUCAUCUGUAGCCAGGUCACUCAUGUUCACGCCAAUGGGACGGAGACAUCGGUUACAGCGGCACAGGAACUGUGUGGGACGUCUGAUAGGCCGGUGACCAAGUCUACAUGCCAGCUGAAGAUUUGCAGCCAGUGGGAGAUACGAUCUGAGUGGAGCUCGUGUUCAGUACCAUGUGGAGUGGGCCAGCGCAGCAGGGAGGUGGUGUGUGUGAGCAACCAGGGUGAGGUGGAGGAGGAUGAAGAGUGCAACAUGAACCUAAGACCAGACACUCUGCAGAACUGUGACAUGGGAGCCUGUGCACGCAGCUGGUUCACCUCCCUCUGGAGCCAACGGUGUUCAACAGAGUGUGGACAAGGCAAUCAAACACGGACCACAGUGUGUCUGAUGGAUCAUGUGACUGAUCUGCCAUUGGACAGCUGCGAGGGGGAACGCCCAGCAGAAUUUAAAUCAUGUGACUCAGGCCCCUGCAAGAACAGCCUGGAGUGGUACACCGGACCCUGGGGUCAGUGUUCUGCAGAGUGCGGGAAUGGCACACAGUCCCGGAGUGUGGCUUGUAUUUUCAACGACGAUGGUCGUAUGGAGGUUGUGGACCAGUUCAAAUGUUCCAGUCUCUCUCAGCCAAUCACAGCUCAGCCCUGCAGACUGAAGCCAUGCGGUGUCCAGUGGUACGUCACAGAGUGGAGCGUGUGUUCACGCUCCUGCAACACGGGCUACCGUGUGCGUGAGGUGCGCUGUCUUGCCGACAACAUUUCCCCAAGCGACCGCUGUGACCCGACUUUGACCCCAGAAAGCCGAGAAGAGUGCAACAAACAUCCCUGUGUAGCUGAGAUAAAUCCAUCCUGCAGCGACCAGUAUCAUAACUGUGUGGUGGUGGUCCAGGCUCGUCUCUGUGUGUACCCUUACUACAGAAGUGUCUGCUGCGCCUCCUGCUCCCGUUCCCUCAAAACAUACCCCAACUCAUUUCAGAGGAACCACAUCCGCAGAUAAUGCUGCGACUGAGACUGUUUCAUCAUCACACCAAACCACAUGAAGAAUAAUAUCAAUUUACAGACACACACACAAAAUGUAGUUUUAGAGUGUUUUCAUUCUCAGUGUAACUUUUAACUGGUAAAAUAUAAGAACUUGUAUAUUUAUUCUUAAAAAAGGCUGUUUAACUUUUUUUUUUACUUAGCUGUUGUUUGUUAUAAUAGAAACUUGGUGGAAGGAUGAAGCAUGAGCCAUGGAAGAUCCCAUCACAUUAUGGAGAUGAUCUGAAUCACAAACCACAUUCUUCAAAUGUGUUUACUUUGCAAGAUGUGGCAUUCUAAUCAUUCAUAUUGGCUUUUUAAAUAUCCUUUUUGUUAUGUUUCCUGUAUAAGUGAUGGGGGACAAAAUCCUCAAUUUCCAGAAAAACUGUGUGAUAGAAUUAAAAUAAAAAACUAUGACAUCUGACGCUAAAAUUAAACUUGCUGGACUAAAAGAAGCUUUUGAAUAUUUCUAUUCUAAGACAAGCAAUGUCAAAUUUUACACCCAGUACAAAAGUCCUGUUUUUAAUGAGAUAUGUAAGGAAACAAUGCAGUGAAAUAACUACAUUUAUAUACUUUAAACUAUAUAAAUGUUUACUUUUUAUAUACAAAAACGUAAUUUUAUUAAGCAACUAGUAAUUUAUGGCCAGAAAACAUCGUUAUGGAGCAAAAAUGUACUUUCCUAAACCUAUAUCUAUAGGCCUAAAGCUGGCUGCUUUUAAAAUUGGGGUGAGGAAAACUGAGAAAUGCUUUUUUAAACAUCAACAUUGAAUGGAAAGUGAAGAUUUUAUGGGGAAAUAUUCACUGAAAACAUGGUGUAUUUUAUGUAUAAAAGCAUCUAACAAGUGACAUGUAAUAAUAAUGUAUGCACAACUCUAUCCAGUGGGAAAUAGAUCACAUAAACCUUGUACUCAUUCAAGAUAGUAAUACCGUUGCUUUAAUGGGACAGCCGGGCUGACAUGUAAAAGGCCAUAAUUCACGAGAACGUAAAGCACAUAAGAAAACAUUAAAUGAACACCAAUGACAAACGCAUGUUGCAUUCUCUGUUUCUCAUACAACUAAUUAUUGUAGCAUUGGAACCAGUCUUUUACACACACAAUCUCCCAUUUUGUAUCUUCAAAUCUUUAGUAAUGUUCCCGAGGUGCUCCAGUCUUUGUGUCCGUGGAUGCAAGGCUGCAUUGGUAGGUCCAUGCUUGUUUGCACUUGUUGCUGUGUGAUAGGAAAGAUUCUUUAGGGUGAGCCUGGGCCUUUGGUAUUGAGGGAUGCAGGGUCCACAUUCACCAACAAUAUCACCGUCUGUCUGACUUAAUUGCUCGGACUCCAUUAUCCAGAAAACAUUCAAGGCUCGCUUUCCAUGCUGAUACACCUUUACCCUUUAUAAAUAUAUUUUUGUACUCAGACACCAGGCUGGACUUCUGUGAACAAAAAUGGCAGCUGCUAGUAUUUUUUUUGCUCUUUUUGUUGUCUUGGUAGCUCUCUUUUGUCUUGUCCUUGGCAUUGGGUACCAGACGAAAAAGAAGUUAAUGUAAUUGUUAUUGAGUUUAACAAUAAGCUGUCUAAAAACAUACUUGUUAGCUUCCCCUGACCCCCCCCCCCCCUCUAUUUUCCUAGAAUUGAACAAUCACUAUUUAUACAAGUCAGUUCUGAAAAUACAAUGGCAAGUGACACUUUCCACCAAAAUCUCAUUGUGAAAAACAAAAAAUAUAUUUCACUCCCCACCUGAUUUGUUCAGCUUAUCAAAUGCUUUAACUACUCUGUUUUUCUUUGUAGCCUCGUACCAACAUUCACUGAUUUCAAUAUUGUAGAAGUUUUACAAAGACAUAAAUAUAGUAGGAUACAAUACAGUAAAAAAUACAAAAUAAAGUUGAUAUACUUUUUUUUCUUAAAUGAUAAUUUACCAGAGGCAAACCCAGAAAUGGAUCUUUGACACUAGGCAAAAACACUAGAAUUACCCCCUGAGGUCAAAUGAUAAGAGAAUAGCCAUGUCUCAAACCAGAGCUUAGUCCCAGGUUACUCACUACUCUCCCGUUAUUCACAAGUAGUGUACUAUGUACAGGACUAUAGGCAAAAUGUGGGUGUCCUGUCUGGAACAUAGUCAACGUGUACUAUUCAAGUGCACUCGUUUGGGUGUUAUUACUAUACUAGCGAGACAUUAAGCCAAGGAAACUUGAAGGCACAAUUAUCUGAGGCAGAAUAUGCCCCGAGAAUUAAAAACAACAGUUGUGGUAUUAAGGGAGUAAGAUUUAAAAAGGGAAAGAACAAAAGGGGAAAUUAAAGUUUACAGUUUCAGAUAUGGUUUCGGUCUGAGAAUGACGAGGCAGUGAAUCAAGUUAAGGCCAAAUUACUUAAGACCGUCCAAUCAGAACGCUCCAACAGUAAAGAUGAUGUAAGACCUGAUAAAUCCCACAGAUUUGCAAUAUGAUAUCAUUUUUGAUAACGGAACUCUUUUCUGUAUUUUGUCAUAGCCUGGCUCGCUACAUAGAUAUUUAUUCUGAUGGUUAAGUCAAUUUGUAUUAAACAAGGCUUUUUUUGCUCUUCUUUUAGAGGUUGUUAUUAUGCACAAUAAUGUAUAAAUGUAUGUUACAAGAAUAUACAUGGGCUUCAGUCUAUAAUAUCUCAGUAAGGAGUACAUCCAAGCAUUCAGGGUGAGGACUUUGGCUUUGAAAAGUGAGUCUACAUAUGCACAAAUAUGAAACACAAGUAGAAAAUGCACCAUAGAAAAAAAAGGACAUGAAAAAAAAAAAAAAACGGAAACGGACUAAAUGGCUCACACACUGAUCUACUGUC